GUCGCACUCAGUUAAUGUCGCUUAUUAUUAUUGAUCUCUUUUCCACUCACUCACUCUCACUCACUCUCACUACUAACUACUCACUCACUAACAAAUUCUCUCUUACCAAACAGUGUGGUGAAAAAAAAAAAAGCUUCACUAAAUAAAAAAUUUUUAUUAUUACUGAAUUUAAUCAUAUUCUUAUAGUUUUAACCAAAGCACAUAAUGUCAUCCCAAUCAGUUCAAACUUUUGGUAAAAAGAAGACCGCUACUGCCGUUGCUCACGUUAAAGCCGGUAAAGGUUUAAUUAAAAUUAAUGGUUCUCCAAUCACUUUAGUUCAACCAGAAAUCUUAAGAUUUAAAGUUUAUGAACCAUUAACCAUUGUUGGUUUAGAUAAAUUUCAAUCUAUUGAUAUUAGAGUUAAAGUUACUGGUGGUGGUCACGUUUCUCAAGUUUACGCUAUUAGACAAGCUAUUGCUAAAGGUUUAAUUGCUUAUCAUCAAAAAUUUGUUGAUGAAGCUUCAAAAAAUGAAUUAAAAAAAUUAUUCACUAAAUAUGAUAAAACUUUAUUAGUUGCUGAUUCAAGAAGAAUGGAACCAAAGAAAUUCGGUGGUCGUGGUGCCAGAGCUAGAUUCCAAAAAUCUUAUCGUUAAUCUUACCUUACCCCAUUAUCAAAAAGUAUUCCAAUCAAAUUCUCUUUUUGUUCAUUCAUUUGUACCUUAUUAUUAUUUCAUAUACAUAAUAUAAAUAUAAUAUCAUGAACUAGUUUAAAAAAAGAGAAAGGAAGACUACUUUUUGUUUGAGUUAAAACCAUUCUACAUAUAUAAAAAAAUAAAACCCUCUUAUUAAUACACAUCAUAAAGUAUAUAAU